UUUCUAAUGGGGAGAACUGGAAAGAGAUGAGACGUUUUGCUUUAACAAACCUUCGAGACUUUGGAAUGGGCAAGAGAGGCAGUGAAGAGAAAAUCACUGAGGAAAUCCAAUACCUUAAAGAAGUGUUUGAGAGCUUUGGAGGAAAACCAUUUGACACAACUGAACCAAUGAACUAUGCUGUCUCCAACAUCAUCUCAUCCAUUGUGUAUGGAAACAGAUUUGAGUACAGUGAUCCUCAAUUCAAAGAAAUGGUCAAAAGGGCAAAUGAGAAUGUCAGGAUUGGUGGGUCAGCUUCUAUGCGAAUCUUCAACAUACUUCCCUGGAUAGGUCCAUUCUUGAAAAGCAGAAGAACACUCCAUGCGAAUGGUGAGAAAAACAAGAAGCAGGUUCGUGAGCUGGUGAAUGCAUAGAAACCUGUAUGCAAGAAAAAAUGCAGUCCAACCGCAUCUCAUGACUGAUAAGAAUUGUAAAUGUUAGCUUUGUGAUUUCUGGUCUCCUAGCAAUCAGGACAGAAAAACUCUCGUUUCAGUGAGAAGAAUCUUAUCGCCACAGUGAUGAAUCUUUUUGUUGCUGGCACUGACACCACUAGCACAACACUGCGCUGGGGGAUGCUGCUUAUGGCUAAGUACCCUCACAUACAGGUUCGGGUCCAUGAGGAGAUUGACAGGGUGAUUGGAGGUCGUCAGCCAGUGGUGGAGGACAGGAAGAACUUGCCUUACACAGAUGCAGUGAUCCAUGAAAUCCAGAGACUGGCCAAUAUAAUUCCCAUGAGUCUACCCCACACCACCAGCUGGCGCAGGGUGUGCCUGGGAGAAAGCCUGGCCAGGAUGGAGCUCUUCCUCUUCUUCAGCUCCCUCCUGCAGCACUUCCGCUUCACUCCUCCACCAGGGGUGUCAGAGGAUCAGCUGGACCUCACAGGUGUGGUUGGGAUUACAGUGAACCCCUCUCCCCACAAGCUUUGUGCAGUGAAACGGACCUAAUCAAAGGAAGAUAAGCAAGGCAAUAAUACUUCAGAGGAUAGGAAAAAGCCUAUUUUUCAUUUUACUUUAUCUUGAUGGAUGUAAAAAAUCCUGAAACCUGUAUAAUAUUACCACAAUUCACUUUUCUAAACGUUAUGUCCUACCUGAAGGAGAACAAUCUCUGAAAUAAUUUAUCAAUCUAGCUUUUAUGGUAGAGUGGCUAGAUGGAAGCCACUCAGGUAAAAUGCAUAGGAUUGACACUUAAAGGACUCUGAAAGCAUGAGGGAAAAGAGUAUUUGUUCUGAUGAGACAAAAAUGAAACUUUUUGGACUGAACAAUACCUGACAACCUGGUAUUGCUCAUCGACUGGUAAUACUGUCCCUACAGUGAAGCAUGUUGGUGGCAACAUCAUGACAUGGGGGCGCUUCUCAGUGGCAGGGACUUUGAGACUGGUCACAACUGAGGGAAGUAUGAAAGCAGUAAAGUACAGAGAUGUUCUUGAAGAAAAUUGCUCCAAUGAGCAUGACAAUGAACUGAAGAAUACAGCCAAGCCAUUGAUGGAGAGACUUAGGGACAAGUCUCUGAACAUUCUUCACCGGCACAGCCAAAGCUCAGACUUGAAGCCACUGUGGAGAGAACUGAAGAUGGCAGUUCACAGUUCCCAAUCAAAUUUGAUUGAGCUUGAAAGGAUCUGCCAGGAAGAAUUGGAGAAACUGCCCAAAUUCAGGUGUGCAAAGUUUAUUCAAGAAGAGUCAGAGCUAUAAUUGUUGCCAAAGGUGUUGCUACAAAGUAUUGAAUAAAGAGUCUGAAU